AUGACUAUCAUCGUUUUCCUUGUCGAUACUAGCGCGUCUAUGAACCAGCGAACGUAUUUGGGCACCGCUUUGAUUGAUGUGGCCAAGGCUGCUGUUGAAAGUUUUAUGAAGAGCCGAUCCCGCGAUGCGAGCAGUCGAUGGGACCGUUACAUGCUUCUGACUUUCGAAGAUCCUCCAGCGAACGUCAAGGCUGGAUGGAAAGAGAGUCACCUGACUUUUGCUUCCGAGCUGAAAAAUCUGAAAGCUUCCGGCUUGACCUCCAUGGGACCCUCGCUGAAACACGCCUUUGAUCUGCUGAAUUUGAAUAGAAUGACCAGUGGGAUUGAGACUUAUGGGCAGGGCCGGAGUCCAUUCUACAAUGAAUCAACACUCAUUAUUGUGAUCACAGAUGGUGGUCACCUGACCACAACGAGCGGGAUACAACCGGAGCUCAAUCUUCCAAUGAACUCAGUUGUACCCGGAGCAGAACUGACCAAAGAACCAUUCCGAUGGGAUCAGAGGAUAUUCAGCCUGGUCUUGCGUCUGCCGGCCAGUGUCCCGCCAGAUGUAUCUGGGUUUCCAUACAUCCCGACGGCAGAGAAUGCUGCCAUUGAUGUCAUGUGUGAAGUGACCGGAGGUCGGUCGUAUGCUGUGUACAGUCAGAAGAUGAUGAAUGCAGCGAUCGAGUCCCUGGUGCAGAAGGUUCAGUGUGGAGUCGUGAUCCACUUUGAGAAAUUUGGGCCGGAUCCCCCGCCAGUCAGUGACCCCAACCGGGUCGACAUCGGACAGGAUGUAAAUGGCAGUUCUAAAGAAAACAUGGAUACAAACAAAACCAUUGUUCUUGAUGAAGAGGAUAAAAAACAUGUCAAUCACUUUGGGACAAAUGGCCAGCAUCAGACAAACCAUGCCUGGCAUAGCUGUCGGAAAUUGAUCUACGUGCCUCGGUCGGCACAGAAAGGUCAUUGCACGGGUCACUGGCCGAUUCCUGAAGGCUACUGGCCUGAUCUCACAAGUCCUUCAUUGCCCCCACGUACAGCUCACCCGGUUGUCCAGUUUUCUUGCCAACCUUCUGAGCCUCUUGUGAUCGAAAAUCUGCCUUUUGAUAAAUACGAGCUGGAGCCGUCACCCUUGACACAGUACAUCCUGGAGAGGCGACAACCCAAUAUUUCCUGGCAGGUGUUUGUGGCCAACAGUUCCAAGUUCAGUGAGAUGUGUCAUCCUUUCGGCUACCUGAAGGCCAGCAGCUCUCUGACCACCGUCAACUUGUUUGUGAUGCCUUACAAUUACCCUGUCCUGCUUCCCUUGUUGGAUGAGCUGUUCAAGGUACACAACAUGAAGCCUAACCAGCAGUGGCGGCAGCGAUUUGAGAAUUAUUUGAAGACAAUGCCUGGCUAUUACGCGCCGAAUUUGCGGCGAGCUUUGGCUCGAAUGGGUGCCCCCAACCUGGUGUCUGACAAUAUGGACAACUGCCUUAGCUACAGUGUGAUUACCUACCUGAAGAAACUGAAGAACCAGGCUCGAAUGGAAAUGGACCGCCUUAACGCAUCUAUUGGCCAGAAACCAUCGCGGCAUGAGGGAAUACGGGUGGCCUCGAGAAGUAGGACCAAGUCAGUUUUGCAGCGGAAGGAUUUCAACCAGUUGCUGGCCAGCCUGGGGGGUAACAUGGCUAUCUUGAAACAAGAGCUGCAGCAGGACUAUAGUGGCUUUACCUUGGCUGUUGAAGAUCCAGAGAUCAAACCUCAGUUUUACAGAAAUCCUUACGACAUCCCUCGCAAAAGCUUAAUUGAUCAAAUCAGUCGAAUGAGAAACAACUUCCUGCGAACAUCAAUCAAUUCUGAAUCUCUGAUUGACCUGGAUGAAAAGCACAGAGUGCCGAUCAGUCAGAUGGGUAACUAUCAGGAAGUGUUGAAGAAACAGCCGCCUCCACUGAGGGAGUUGGAGAACACACCUACCAGACUCCACAUGUUCGGCAAUCCAUUUAAAGUUAACAAGCAGUUGACUGUUGACGAAGCAGAAGAGGCUAUUGUGAUAGGAAGCUCGCCAAGGAAGCGGACCUCAUCCGAAAGUUUGCCUAAUUCACCGACUCGUAAACGAAAGCCAGGUCCACUGCCCAAAGAUAUUCCUUACCGCCGGCUCUCGACCUCAUCCAUCACCCCGCCAUCCAGCCCCGCGCCAUCAUUCAUAUCCGACACAGAUUCUGAAACAGACGAAACUCCAUUGCAGAUUGUUACAGAUUCAGACAGCGAGAGCACAGCUUUGGGCAGUGAUGGCGAAGAGACACCCGCGUACAACCACAUAACAUCCAGCCCUAAUUUAGAUUCAAGUUCCCACAGCGAAAAUGGUGUCUGCGAAUCCGACGCCUUGAUGGACGGUGUCAAGGGGACUGACAGUAGAUUGUUUGAGACACUGGCGGAGGCUUUUGUGGGCAGUAAGAAGGAUCUUCAGGUGUGGAACUUCAACAGGCAGCUCAAGGGUCUUGUCACAAAAGAGGUGAAAAGGCCAGGAAGAAAUUUUGACAGGCUGUUUCAGCUGUUGGACACAGUUCGGGGCAGCCCUAAAGUACAAGUCGAGUUCGUGCGAGAGAUCAUCGAGGAGGCUCACCGGUUUAAGCGCAGAUACCUGAUUGAGUUGUUAGAGAAAUUUGUGCAGACCCUUUCCAACCAGAACAACAACAAACUGAACAAAUACCCCAGCAAAACUCACAUCAGCUGA